AUUUUAGUUAUUUGCGCAGCCGUGGUUGUGGAAGACGAGCAAAAGCGGGAAAGGAAGCAAGUUUUGAGGGAGCUCAGGGACGACAGCGACCCGUUUUCGAUGCAGGAGAUAGUUUUUAUCCAAAAUUUUCACUUCCUAAAUCAGUUUGUCGCGAACUAAUGCAACAAUGGAGCCACGCGACCCUCAGAAAUCCGCCAUCCCUUUUUAAUAAGAUUUUUGGGGAGCCUGUAUUUCUACGCGCAUGGUUCAUACCAGAAAUGUGCAGGAAACAACUUCCAAAUUGCGAUGAGCCAGUUGCCAUUCAUCACAUCUCAAAGCUAAUAAUGGAUGUUAAGGGCGGCGAAAUAAGGGUCCCCAAAACUUCAAAUGAGGUCUUGGAAGUUAAAAAGGGCUUUUAUACGGCAUUUAAGAUUAAGGGAACGAUAGGUGCUGUUGACUGCACGCACAUAGGCAUAGUCGCUCCAUCAUCAACAGACCCAAGUAACCCUCUAUGCAUGUAUAUGAACCGGAAAGGUUUCUACAGCAUUAACGUAGAGGCUGUAUGUGAUCAUCGUUUGGUGUUCACGGCUAUAAAUGCAAGAUUUCCAGGAUCCUACCACGACUCCG